CGUCUAUGGCAGGGCCCGGCAAUCUGUACUUCAACUUUGCCGAAGCCAAGCUCAUCCACGCCGUCAACCUGGUGCUCGUUAUCAACCGCUGCGUCGCUACCAGCAGAGCUUACAGACCGGACUGCUGGCACUCGCACGCCGCCCUGCUUGCCAACGUGCCUGUCGGUGUUCUUGCUUCCUUCGCGCUGUAUAGACUGUUCCGCCCGGCAUAAUGUCGCACGUAGUCGUGACCAACUCGUUCGCAAAGACGUUCAAGAUCCCCACAACGCCCACCAAGUACUUGACUGAGGUGCGCGACGAGGCGUGUCAGAAGUUUGGCGUCAGCAAGGACCAGUUCACACUCAAAUACAACAACAAGCCCAUCUCGCUGUCCCAGCAAAUACGACUCGCAAACCUCCCGCAAGGCGCUCGCCUCGAGCUUGUACAAGCUUCAAGAUCGCCCACCGUAGUAUCCGUCGCCCUCCAGCUCCCCAAGUCUCGCCUCACACAGAAGUUCGCCAACAACACAUCGCUAUGGGAGAUCCUCCGAUACUUCGAGAGCGGCGAUGGAGCAAACUACAACUUCACACAACGCGCCGUCCCUGAGAUGAGCGGCGCCUCAGGCUCUGGGAGGCUGUGCUACGAGAUGCCAGUUAUCACAGUCAUGCCUAGCCACAAGGAACAGUCAUCAUUUGUAGGGUUACAACAGACGCUGAGCCAGCUUGGGUUCGAUAGCGGGUCAGCGCUGCUCAAGCUCUCAUUCAAGAACUCAGGGACACCCCUGGAAGAGGCUAUGGCCCAGAUUACGCAGUACUUCAAGGUAGGCGAGCCAGCUGCGAGCACAGCACCCGGCGCCCAUGCUGCGGAACCUGCUCAGCAAAAGUCGGCGCCCGAUCCAGAUACUGCAGCCCCGGAGGCAACGACAACAGUGGCCGGACAGACGAUCAAGAGUGACGAGCCUGAGCCUGAGCUCAUGGAUGUAGACACACCACUCACAACAGAAUCCGUUGCUGAGCCAGUUGUGUCAGAGCAGAACAAUGCGUCUGUAGAUGACAUCAACACUUCCCCAGCAGCAGCGUUAGCAGCAGCGACAUCGACCGCAACAUCAGAGCCACCACAAGCUCCAAUCGAAGCUGAAGCAUCCCCGCAACCUCGCAACGUCCAAGUCUUCUCUGCAUCCUCCUCCUCCACCCCUCAGGCAGCCCGCAACACCUUCAACGAGAGCGACUACCAACCGACGGUCGAGCACGCCAAGAUCCACCAAGCCCAACUCUCGAAUCGCACGCGCAACCAACGCCUGCUCUCAGACAAAGAACUCGAGGCUCAAGAAUCAGAGCGCCAGGCCAAGCUCACCGCCGCAACAAACAAACCCCACUCCCUGCGCAUCCGCCUCCCCGACGGCUCCCUCGUGCAAAUGAACCUCACAAAGCAAGACACAGCGUCCGAUCUCUACGCCUUCGUCACCACCCUCCUCGAGCAUAAAAAAGAGCCUUUCGACCUCAAAUACACAGGCCCCACCGGCCGUCUCGUGCCCAUCCCGCCCUCGCCCAAGCGCCUCAUCCAGGACCUGCGCUUCUCGACGAACGAGCUGAUUACGUUUCAGUGGGGCGAGGCAGCGAGCGCGGCGGUGCGCAGCUCGCGGAGCGCGCUGGCGAGCGAGUGGCAGGCCAAGGCGCAGACGCUGAAGGUCGAGGAGCCGGUUGUCAAGGAGCCGGCGGUGGAGACCAAGGGCCAGACGGUUGCGCAGGGGAAGCGGAAGGUGCUGAGUGGUGAGGAGAAGGAGAGUAAGCUGAAGAAUAUUCUGGGGAAGGGGUUGUUCAAGAGGAAGUAGGACUCGUCAUAACGGUGAGCGGGGUUGGCAGUAGCUUUGUGAAAGCGAAUGGCGAGCAAUUCAUGACAGUGGCAGAUUGUGGCAACUGGUGAACGUGUGUAGACAAGUGG